UUUCAACCUCCAUGAACAAUGCUGCACGGCUACCAACAAAUUUACAACUCUCUUUGCAAUCUUUUGCCUGACUGUAAACUAGACACAAGAGGUGAGGCAGAGUUCCUGUAAGUGUGCGUCUCCGUGUUUAGCUGAAAUCAAUACAGUUAUGUGUGGAACUUGAGGCACUUGAGGGGCAGCGGUCAACGUGCUUUUACGAAGGAGAAAAGUUGUCAGCCAAAGCGUAAAACUUGUGACCUGCAGAGAGAAAGAGGAGGCACAUGGAAGGUGUUGCUCUUGUGUGGAGAGAGGACCCAAUGACUUUGUGUUGACAGCUGAAGAGUUCAGGACAUAGCAGGUCCUUUCAACAAUCUUUCCGUUCGGCGUCGGCGAGCACUGUAGGACACAGAUCAUCAAGAAAGAUGUUCUUUGUGGCUGGGGCCAGAAAUGCGGCAGUGUCGGGAAGAGGAAAUGAAAGGAGCAGGUCAAUCUACCAGAAAUUUCGUGAGGUAGAUUUAUUGGACAAGAAGAAAACAGUGACAGCUCUAAAGCCUGGUGAAGAUCGAGCUAUUCUCCUCGGUCUUGGGAUGAUCCUCUCAUCUGUCAUGAUGUACUUUGUGUUGGGGAUUACUACAUUACGCUCCUAUGCAGACAGUGUGUGGACAGAGGAGGGUGUGUGUGUUGUUCGCAACUCCACGGUCACAGCAGACAUGAACUGUUCCUACAACUGUGGGUCAGACUGCUGGAGAGUCUCCAAAUACCCCUGUCUGCAGGUCUACGUGAGCGUCAAUAACACAGGCCGUGUCAGCCGUUUAUCCCACAAUGAGGAGACCCAGGAUGCCAGCUCUGAAUGUUUUUAUGUGCCCAGGUGCCAGAAGGACACAGUGGCUUUGCACACGAUGAUUAUGAACAUCUCUGAGCGCCUGAAGGUGAACCAGGAGGUCCCAUGUUACUAUGACCCGAUGGAGCAGCAGGAGACCGUCCUCCUGACCCGGCUCUAUGACCACAGCGUUGUCUUCCACUCGCUGCUCUGGCCCUCAUGCAUGAUCACAGGAGGGGCUCUCAUCAUUAUGAUGGUGAAGCUCAAUCAGUACCUCUCCAGACUGAGUGAGGAGAUAGGGAAGAUCAAGAGGUGAAAUAUGUUCACACCUAUGGUGGUUUGGUGGUGAACACAUGACAUGAACAGGGACUGAACAACCUUGUUCUGAUCUCUUGCAAACUUUCCUCUUCAGCUGAGACUUUAGGAACAGUUGACAUUCACUGAGGAUGUGGAUGUUUAUGAAAGUGGAGGGACUGUUCCGCAGCGGAAACAGUCAGACAUUUAGCUGGCUUUUACACAGGGCAACUGUGCCUGGAUUUUGCAUGGUGUUAAAGCUUUGUAAAUUGUUCUGAGGUUACAUGUUAAGAAGAAAGUUUAUUGAACCUGUAAUCUUAAAUACGGAGCAUUAUAAGAGUGCACUUGAUAUGAGAAUACCAAAACAUAUUUGAACCGACAAGUAAAAGCCUGUAGUGUCUCUAAAAAUAUGACCAAGUACAGUGAGUGUUAUGACUGUUUUUGAGCACACAUUAAAUAUGUAUGGUGCAGUGGCUCAGUGGUUAAGACCGGUACCCUGUGUGCGAAAGACAUCAUAGU